AUUUUGACUUGAAAAAAAAACAAAAAAAAAAUCGGAAGAAGAGUUGUGAGAUCAAACGUAGUAGUAGUAGAGUUGCGAGAGAGAGAAAAGGGAAAGUGUGCGGUUAUGUUAAUCAUGACGUCAUCAUCUACGAUUCUCACCGGAGAAGACGAAGAAGAAGAUCACCGCACGCCCACACAUUCUCAUCGACGGCGCUGGAGCAAUCCGGAUGAGCCGCCGGAUACAGAAGAAGAGUGCAGGGAACAUAGAGGUGCGUCUGGAGUAAAUAACAAUGUUGACAGUUAUAACAGUUUCUAUCUAGGAGGAAAGAUAUCGUCGCCGUGGGGAACGCGUGGACCGCCGCUGCUCACAGACUCGUCGAGAUGGCGAAGAGAAGAGAGGAGAGGAAGAAGCGUGACUAGGAAGCGAGAUCUGCCACCGUAUUUGACGACGCUGGAUUGUAACGGACGGCCGAGAUAUCAUCACAGGAGAGUAAGAAGCGAAGGAAGGCUUGAGAUUGCCAGCGUGGCAGUAGAUUCACCGGAGAUCUUUAGUGUUCGUGGAAUAGAAGGACUCAGAAUUGGAACAGUGAGAAUUAGUCAACAUAAUGAUGAUGAUGAUCAUAAACAACAGAAUCACUGAUCUUCCUCUUUGAUUUUUUUUUUUUUACUCCAAUUUUGGUGCUAAUUUUCC